CUUCGUCAUCUAACUUAUUCUCCAUUGUCUAUUUAAUUUAAACCCUUAUAUAACAUCGAGGCUUAAAUGCGUGGUUUAUUUUGCACGUCUUGUCUUUUGAUUUAUCCGCAUACUGAAAGCCAAAAGACUUAUGUUCUGUAAACUUGUAACUACUAAACUACUAAUUUCUCUACCUGAUGGACCCUGGGCAAAUUAAAUCAAAUCUAACAUGUUCCGCCUCCCCACUGUGAUGAGACAGAUGCGCCCUGUGUGCAGAGCUCUGGCCCCACACCUCACCCGAGCUUAUGCCAAGGAUGUGAAGUUCGGGGCCGAUGCCCGUGCCCUCAUGCUGCAAGGCGUGGACCUGCUGGCUGAUGCUGUGGCCGUCACCAUGGGACCCAAGGGUCGCACAGUCAUCAUUGAGCAAAGCUGGGGAAGCCCAAAGGUCACCAAGGAUGGCGUCACUGUGGCCAAGAGCAUCGAACUGAAGGACAAAUUCAAGAAUAUUGGGGCCAGGCUGGUUCAGGACGUAGCCAACAACACAAAUGAGGAAGCUGGAGACGGGACCACCACCGCCACCGUCCUGGCUCGCGCCAUUGCCAAGGAGGGCUUUGACACCAUCAGCAAAGGCGCCAACCCAGUAGAGAUCCGACGUGGUGUAAUGCAGGCUGUAGAGACGGUCAUCAACGAGCUGAAGAAGCUGUCCAGGCCAGUCACUACACCAGAGGAGAUUGCGCAGGUGGCAACUAUUUCUGCUAAUGGAGACAGCGAGAUUGGUACUCUCAUCUCUGAUGCAAUGAAGAAAGUGGGCAGAAAAGGUGUUCUCACUGUAAAGGAUGGCAAAACCCUGCAUGACGAGUUGGAGAUCAUUGAAGGCCUUAAGUUUGAUCGUGGCUACAUCUCUCCCUAUUUCAUCAACACAGCUAAGGGUCAGAAGUGUGAGUUCCAGGAUGCCUUAGUUCUCCUGAGUGAGAAGAAGAUCUCCAGCAUUCAGGCCAUAGUCCCUGCUUUGGAGAUGGCCAACCAGCAACGCAAACCACUUGUCAUCAUGGCUGAGGAUGUGGAUGGGGAAGCGCUGACCACACUGGUCCUCAACAGGCUAAAGGUGGGACUGCAGGUAGUUGCUGUGAAGGCUCCUGGCUUUGGGGAUAAUCGAAAGAACCAGCUGCAGGACAUUGCCAUUGCCACCGGGGGCACUGUUUUUGGCGAUGAUGCUACAGGCCUGGCCCUUGAGGAUGUUCAACCACACCACUUUGGAAAGGUGGGCGAAGUGGUGGUCACUAAGGAUGACACGAUGAUGUUGAAGGGCAAAGGGGACCCAGCAGCAAUCGAGAAGCGUGCCAACGAGAUCGCUGAGCAGAUUGAGGACACCACCAGCGACUAUGAAAAAGAGAAGCUGAACGAGCGACUGGCCAAGCUGUCCGACGGAGUGGCUGUCCUCAAGAUUGGAGGCACAAGCGAUGUUGAGGUAAAUGAAAAGAAGGAUCGAGUAACAGAUGCCCUGAAUGCCACCCGGGCGGCUGUAGAGGAGGGCAUUGUGCCCGGGGGUGGCUGUGCCCUGCUGCAGUGCAUCCCUGCUUUGGAUACCAUCAAGCCUGUUAAUGCUGACCAGAAGAUUGGUAUUGAUAUUAUCCGUCGAGCUCUGCGCGUUCCAGCCAUGACUAUUGCUAAGAAUGCUGGGGUAGAAGGCUCUCUGGUGGUGGAGAAGAUUCUGCAGAGUGAUGCUGACAUUGGCUAUGAUGCCCUAGUCGGGGAAUAUGUCAACAUGGUGGAGAAGGGCAUCAUUGACCCCACCAAGGUUGUGAGGACGGCCCUGAUGGACGCUGCCGGCGUGGCGUCCUUGCUGUCGACGGCCGAAGCCGUAGUCACAGAGAUGCCCAAGGAGGACAAGGCUCCAGCCAUGGGUGGCAUGGGUGGCAUGGGCGGAAUGGGAGGCGACAUGUUCUAAGCGCCUCAUUGCCCUGAGCCCCAGAUAGACUUAAGUAGUGGGAUGAGAGAGGCAGAGGGACACAAUUUGCCCUUAGCCUACUCCACCCCCCCCCCCACUCACCUGCUGCAAGUGUCAGAAGGAGCUGCCCAAAGGAUGACCCUUUUCAGCCGCCCUUUAUGUCUUCUUCUUUCAACCCUUCCUGUUAUCCCUCCUCCAAAGUUUAGCCACUAUUCCACUCUUAUUCACACUCAGAUGAAGUCCCUACCCUAACCCUACUCUAUGGCUGGAAGACAAGCACCUAGAAAUGACUGGCCCAUUGGCUGCCUUGUACCUUUGAAACGCACAUAUGCAUAUGAGUUUGCUAAAGCAUUGGAAGAAAUGUACAUGGUCCUCUCCAGUGACAAAAUAAGACUGUCAUGGUUUUUGAUGCUGUUACCUUGGUGUAUGUGCAUUGGGGGUGUUCAGUGGAUCACACACACACCGCAGGGUCAGUGACACUGAUGCAGAGCUUUUAAAACCAGAUACUACGAGCUUGUCAGGCAGUCUGAAGGAGAUUUAGGAGGUAGAAGAAUGGAGGUUUCAAAGCA